CGCAGAUUUUCAGUCGCAUUUCGCUGGUCGCCAUGUUCGGAUCGGAAGUAGAUUGAUUCUACACAGCUCGCAUUAGCAGUUACCAAGUUGGCUCGUAAUAUUCGCGAUAAGCCACAGCCAUUGUCGCGUCCAUCGUCGUCGUCGUCGUCGGUGGUGAAUUUUUGAACCGUUGCCAAAAGUGAUCAACGUGGUGGCGUGAUUAUCAUCAUCACCGGCCCCGAAAAUAAACGAGGGGUCAAGCAACCCCCGAUCCGGUCGAUGAGAAGCAAUACUACCCCAUUCGUAGUAUCUUUCCGGUGUUGGUAGAACCGUUUCCCUUUCGUUUCCGGCUGAAUGGUUGCCGCAGGAGGAAAGUGUGGUGAAAAAGAGCGAGUGUGGUGAAUUUGCACGACCAACCCAACAGUCGGUGGUUGUAGUGAAAAGGAAAAAGCGUAACGUUCGGGAAAGUCUUCCCUGAAGGUUAUGAUUCAAAGAAUCGAAGAAACCCGUUGUGAAUGCUAUCUUUAGAUUGUGAUUGAACAAGUGUCAAUUCAGCUGAAGUAGGGAAAAGUCAACAAUAAUAAAGUUUUUAGCAAAAUGGUUGGAAUAGUAGAGGUGUUACUAUUCCUCGCCGUCGUGGGAUACUUCUUCAACAAGAGCAGAGGCACAGACAUGGUGGACAUAAUAUCGAACCGUGUGCAGGAGGCAUACGGAUCAUUCCGAUUGCCAGGGAUGUUCGGCUCUGCCACCACCCAAACCAUGGAGGGCGGUCUCUACUCCACCUACGCCAUGCUGAAACGCUUCGGAGAGCAGAAGAAGCGCAAACGACAGAUAGACAAGGAGAAUGAUCGGAAGACACGCGAGGAAAGUUUGUACCAGAUGAAGAACUCGGCCACGCCGCACAUACUGCCGGAUUCCAAACCGAUGCCAGGCUUGGCGUGCCGGUUCUGUUCACCGGCCGAAAACCAACCGCAGCUGGAUCAGGUGGACCGCCGGCGGAAUGCCAUCGAUAUCCUUCGAGUUACGACGCAUGCCGGCCGUCGUACGGACAGCUCCCCGACGGAUUGGGGCGUCUGGUGUCCCCAUUUGGCACAGGCCACCCGGUUGAUGAAGUACGACUAUCCACAAGUGGCCGGAGCUGUACUGGGCGAGGAACGGGUUCAGCAGGCAUUGGAAAUGGCAGCUAAGGAGUCGGUCAACGAAAAGCGACAGGAGCUGCUGGCUGCCGGCGAGAGCGACGAUUCGUUCGAUGAAGACACUUACUACAACGAAGUGAUGCGGACGAACGAAAAGAGAGCUAACAGGGUUCUGAUCGGAAUGCGUUCGAAACUGUCGGAUAUGGUGCUGCGAAUUACAUCCUGGGUGUUGUAUAAAUUGCUCCCGUGCUUCCUGUCCGGAGUGGCAGCCCAUCCCGGUCAGGUGGAGAUGAUCAAGCGUGCGAUCGCCAAAAAUCCGGACGCUCCAUUGAUCUUCCUGCCGUUGCAUCGGUCACAUCUGGACUACAUCAUGGUUAGUUUCAUCCUGCUCAAUCACGACAUCCGCUGCCCGCUGGUGGCCGGUGGUGACAAUCUGCGGAUUCCCGUUUUCGGCAACAUCCUCCGGUAUGACGGAGCGUUCUUCAUUAAGCGAAAAAUCGAUCCACUAACCGGGAAGAAGGAUCACGUCUAUCGGGCCAUUUUGCACACGUACGUGCAGAAGGUUCUGACCGCCGGGCAUAAUGUGGAGUUUUUCAUCGAGGGUGGACGCACCAGAACCGGCAAACCCUGCAUGCCGAAGAGUGGAAUCCUGUCCGUCAUCGUGGACGCCUUCAACGAUAAGAGCAUCUCCGACGCGCUGAUAGUGCCGGUGUCGAUCAACUACGAAAAGCUGGUCGACGGAAACUUUGUGCGGGAACAACUGGGCCAGAAGAAGGUUCCGGAAAGCUUCUCAUCGGCAGUGGCGGCCAUCAUAAAGAUCCUGAAGGCCCGCUACGGUCUGAUGCGGAUCGAUUUCAACGAACCGUUCUCGCUGAGCGAGCUGGUCAAGUCGCUGCGCAAGUCGGAAAUCGGCGGCAACUUUGGUGGACCGGAAACCAGACGCCUCCAGCACAAACCAUCCUCGUCGUCCCUGUUCGGCACGGACGUCGUCCAGGAGGAGCAGGAACUCCGCACCCUGGUCGACAACAUAGCCCGCCACGUGGUGUACGACUGCGCCAAAGCUACCUCGGUGAUGACCACCAAUGCCCUGGCCUUCCUGCUACUGAAUCGCUUCCGCGAUGGAGCACCCCUGUCGAUGCUCACCGAAGCCCUGGACGAGCUGCGAUGUAUCCUGAAUUCUACCUCCCGCGAUCUCGGCUUCACCGGUGCCUCCGAAGACAUCGUCAAGUACGCCGCCGACCUGUUGGGUCCCGGACUGGUAACGAAGGAAAAGCGAGGCACCCAGCUGUUCAUCAAACCCGUCACCAUGAUUCCCAAUGUGAUAGAGCUGGCGUACUAUUCGAACAGCUUGGUUCCGCACUUUGCACUGGAUUCGAUCGUAAUCACCGUUGCCAGUUUGCUCAAACGGGAAGCGGAACACAGGCUCCGGGAGCAACAGAAAUCCACCGAAGAUGUCAGUAUUGGACGGCAGGAGCUAUUCUACACGUGUCUCGAUUUCUGUGAUCUGCUGAUGUACGAGUUCAUCCUGUCGAAACCGUGCCAAAGUCUGGAAAUGCUACUGCAGGACAGCUUCGAUAGGCUGUGCAUCAGCGAACUGCUAUCGCAACCGGAGGUCGAGUACACCGAGGAUCAGAAUCGGGCUCGGCGCCUAGCGGCCCAUCUGGAGAUGAACGAGCUGAACGAUGCCAGCAGCGAGGACGACUACUUCGACGAUAACGCCCAGGAAGAUGAGGUUCGGGUGUUCCUGCCGGCCGAGAAGCACUGCAACCGGAUAGUGCUCCAAUCGGUGCUGGCUCCGUUCACCAACACCUACGCGGCCGUGGCGUACAGUUUAAACCACCUGAUCGGCGGUAACUCGAUGGUCGAAGGGGAAUUCAUUCGGCAGUGCAUCAAGGAGAUUAGCACCCGGGUCGAGAUGGGCGAGUGCAAGUAUGGUGAAAGCAUAUCGACCGACACGGUCCGCAAUUGCCUGAAGGUGCUGGAGAAGCGGUCCAUCCUCGAAGUGGUCAACAACAACGGCGUCCGGAUUGUGUCGCUGGCGGCGGCGUGCGACUCGACGGCCGAGGUGCAAGGCAUCAUCCAGGCGCUGGAGAAGUUCGUCCCCGUCUAGGGCCUCUGAACGCAAGUAAGCAAAGUAGGUGGUACACAUAUUCCGAGAGAUCGAGAGACUGCUUUGACUGCUACUGCUGUGACGAAAUGACGAUGCCCCGCCUCCUGAGUCUUCCCGGUUUUUCCCAUCCUCCGCUUUCUGAUCCUGGUUGUGUAUGUGUUUGAUUGCGAUGCGAGAGAAAGAGAGAGAGAGAGUAUGUGUUUGUGUGUGUGUGUGUGUGUGUGUGUAAGCGAUCGAGGAUAAUUAUUCAGGUAACUAUUGAAACUACUUUACAAAACAGUUAUUUUUUUUUGGUCGGAUCCAACUUUGAGGGAUGGAAUGAGAGCAUUUGUUAAACUUCCUGCUUAGCUCGUAGUCCCAGUGUUUCCUAUUUUUUCCUCCCCCGUUGAGUGUGUAUGGCGGACCUAGUUUCGUUUUGAGCUAUUAUCCAAGAUGUGAACAUAUUUACCAAUGAAAGAUGUGUUAGAACACGUAGAGAGUAAAAGUUCUCCCUUUUAAAGAGGACGAAAUUGAAGAAACGAAAAUUGAUCAGUUUACAACAAGAUAUCCAACAUUUUUUUGUCUAGUCUGUAAGAGACGCGCAAUAAAAGAUAAAGACACAAAUUUUAGUGCGGUAGUGAAAAUGAAA